AUGCACACCCUGGUGGCCCAGAAGCGCAGGUGGAAGCGUCGAAAGGUGUUUAAGCUUUCGCACGACGCAGCACGAGCAAGCCCACCGCAAAUCUUCAUCUUCAUCGUCCAGUUCCGUGUCAUUCAGCGCUACCUUGAGCGCACCAUCACUCCGAUCCACAAACGACACCUGCGCAAGGCAAUCCACUACCGCUGUAGCGAUCAUAACAUGGCUUCGACGGCACUCGAGCAGAACGGUGCUGGUCUGGCACAAGCUGGACCGACGUUGCCUCCGAAUGCAUCUCGCCUUCCACAGACGGCACAGCUGGAUGCGCUGCUGACCAUCAUCCGCGAUGCUUCGACGCCUCGCUCCGACUUCAUCUUCUACUCGGAUCGAAUCAUUCGUCUCUUGGUCGAAGAAGGGCUGAAUCACCUGCCUACGGUGCCUCAGACAGUCAUGACGCCGACAGGAUUCGAGUACUCUGGCGUGUCCUUCCAAGGUCGAAUUUGCGGAGUCUCUAUCCUGCGUGCCGGUGAGGCCAUGGAGGCGGGUCUGCGCGAAUGCUGCCGCAGCGUACGAAUCGGAAAGAUUCUUAUCCAGCGAGACGAGGAGACAGCCAAGCCCAAACUCUUCUACGCCAAGCUUCCAGAAGACAUCGCAGAACGCUGGGUGCUGCUGCUCGACCCCAUGCUGGCGACAGGCGGAAGCGCCAUCAAGGCAAUCGAGGUGCUCAUCGAAAACGGCGUCAAGGCGGAACGUAUCCUCUUCCUCAAUCUCAUCGCGAGUCCGGAAGGUCUGAACAACAUGUACUCGAAAUAUCCACAGGUCAAGGUGAUCUCGGCGUGGGUGGAUGAGAGGCUGGACGAAAAGUCGUACAUCAUUCCCGGCCUGGGUGACUAUGGCGACCGAUACUACAGCGGCUGA